GAGGGGCGGUCGGUCGGUCACGUGGUCCUGCCUUUUCACCGGGUGCGGCUGAACUCGGGUUUGUGACUCGCGCUGUUAGGCUUUUCAGAGCGGAGCUGGUUCGGGCAUGCAGGAGAACACUCUCCGUUACCGGCUGGCUGAAUGACCGUAUGUUUUGGUUCGAAAGUUCUCUCUCUGUUCUCUCUGAGACUGCGGUGUGUUUUGAGACAACGUGACUCGUGAGGAUUUCCCCCCGUUGGAUAUUGGGAUUUUAACUGGAGCGAGAAGAAGAGAAGCACUGGCUGGAUAACGGAUAUUACCGGGGAAACAGAAGCACGCAGAUGGAAUACCACGGUUUGGGGAGUUUAGGGAGCUCGACACACCGGGAGUGAAGCUCUCCUUGCGGAUGGACUCUCCUCUAAACGGCUCUCUCCGGUUCAGUCAUGACUGACGGGGAGGAGAGAGAACCGGAGGAAGAGGAAGAGGAGGAGAAGAAGGAAGGGGUGAGGGUCCCUAUACCGGGACAGAGGUCUGAGGGUCGGGGAGAGACUGGUGAGGAAGAGGAGGAGCUCCCGUACCCUUCUCUCUACCCCGUGGUUCUGUUUCGUCUCUCCCAGACCUCCCCACCUCGCUGCUGGUGCCUCAAGGCUGUCUGCCACCCGUGGUUUGAGCGUGUCUCUAUGCUGGCCAUUCUUCUGAACUGUGUGACGUUGGGAAUGUUCCAGCCCUGUGACGACGUUCACUGUCUCAACAACCGCUGUUCCUUCCUACAGGCUCUAGACGACGGUAUCUUUGUGUUCUUUGCGGUGGAGAUGCUGAUGAAGAUGGUGGCUUUGGGAGUUCUAGGUCAGAAGGGUUACCUUGGCGACACCUGGAACAGACUGGACUUCUUCAUCGUUAUCGUCGGGAUGUUGGAGUAUUCUCUAGACGGACACAACGUCAGCCUAUCAGCUAUCAGGACCGUCAGGGUGCUCCGCCCACUACGAGCCAUCAACAGAGUACCCAGUGAGCACCUGUCUGUCUGUCGGUCUGUCGGUCUGUCGGUCUGUCGGUCUGUCGGUCUGUCGGUCUGUCGGUCUGUCGGUCUGUCUGUCUGUCUGUCUGUCUGUCUGUCUGUCGGUCUGUCGGUCUGUCGGUCUGUCGGUCUGUCGGUCUGUCGGUCUGUCGGUCUGUCUGUCUGUCUGUCUGUCUGUCUGUCUGUCUGUCUGUCUGUCUGUCUGUCUGUCUGUCUGUCUGUCUGUCUGUCGGUCUGUCGGUCUGUCGGUCUGUCGGUCUGUCGGUCUGUCGGUCUGUCGGUCUGUCGGUCUGUCGGUCUGUCUGUCUGUCUGUCUGUCUGUCUGUCUGUCUGUCUGUCUGUCUGUCUGUCUGUCUGUCUGUCUGUCUGUCUGUCUGUCUGUCUGUCUGUCUGUCUGUCUGUCG